AUGGAGGGCCGAACCUCAACUGCUGGAACGAAGAAGGAAAACGGCGAACUCUCGUCGUCUUGCCUGCAUCGGAAAGAAGGGCUGACAGCCCGAUGGGGACGACGACGACGGUCGGGACAGGGCGAACUCGCCCAACCUCAUCAGGGCCCCGAACAGCAGCUGCCCGGCGACGAGCUGAGACUUGUGCGCAGCAGCAGCGUCCAGGGGCAGCAGCGACGCGGUGAGAGGCGUAGGCCUUCUUACUCCAGUCGCCGGAGGAGAGAAUCGCCGGAGGCAGCUGACGCCGAUCAGAUCAGAGCCGAGCAGGGGCUCGAGUGCAGCAACCGCGGACGCUCGACAGCGGCGUCCUUCCCUUUUCUGAAAUCUAGGGCUCGACGUCAGAGCGGGAUUUAUGAGGAUGGGAGACGAACGGCGCUGCUUCCAGGAGGCGACCGCCCGUCGGAUUCCAGAUGGAGGUGCGACAUCGGCGAUGACUUCCUUAGAUUCAGGGCUCGAUUGGGUUCUGCGGAUGGACCAAAGGAGCAGAAAGAGAACGGUGCCGGGGUUAGACGCGUCAACAGACGACGCCGGCCGAAGCAAGCGACGGCUGAACGGCCGGAGAAGGAGGGCCGAUCGAGCGCCGAUUUUGAAGAAGAAGGAAGAGAGGCUCCGGCUGCUGUUGGGUGCGGUGGAGGAAGAGUGAGAGGGAGACUUGAGGGCCGAACCUCAACUGCUGGAACGAAGAAGGAAAACGGUGAACUCUCGUCGUCUUGCCUGCAUCGGAAAGAAGGGCUGACAGCCCGAUGGGGACGACGACGACGGUCGGGACAGGGCGAACUCGCCCAACCUCAUCAGGGCCCCGAACAGCAGCUGCCCGGCGACGAGCUGAGACUUGUGCGCAGCAGCAGCGUCCAGGGGCAGCAGCGACGCGGUGAGAGGCGUAGGCCUUCUUACUCCAGUCGCCGGAGGAGAGAAUCGCCGGAGGCAGCUGACGCCGAUCAGAUCAGAGCCGAGCAGGGGCUCGAGUGCAGCAACCGCGGACGCUCGACAGCGGCGUCCUUCCCUUUUCUGAAAUCUAGGGCUCGACGUCAGAGCGGGAUUUAUGAGGAUGGGAGACGAACGGCGCUGCUUCCAGGAGGCGACCGCCCGUCGGAUUCCAGAUGGAGGUGCGACAUCGGCGAUGACUUCCUUAGAUUCAGGGCUCGAUUGGGUUCUGCGGAUGGACCAAAGGAGCAGAAAGAGAACGGUGCCGGGGUUAGACGCGUCAACAGACGACGCCGGCCGAAGCAAGCGACGGCUGAACGGCCGGAGAAGGAGGGCCGAUCGAGCGCCGAUUUUGAAGAAGAAGGAAGAGAGGCUCCGGCUGCUGUUGGGUGCGGUGGAGGAAGAGUGAGAGGGAGACUUGAGGGCCGAACCUCAACUGCUGGAACGAAGAAGGAAAACGGCGAACUCUCGUCGUCUUGCCUGCAUCGGAAAGAAGGGCUGACAGCCCGAUGGGGACGACGACGACGGUCGGGACAGGGCGAACUCGCCCAACCUCAUCAGGGCCCCGAACAGCAGCUGCCCGGCGACGAGCUGAGACUUGUGCGCAGCAGCAGCGUCCAGGGGCAGCAGCGACGCGGUGAGAGGCGUAGGCCUUCUUACUCCAGUCGCCGGAGGAGAGAAUCGCCGGAGGCAGCUGACGCCGAUCAGAUCAGAGCCGAGCAGGGGCUCGAGUGCAGCAACCGCGGACGCUCGACAGCGGCGUCCUUCCCUUUUCUGAAAUCUAGGGCUCGACGUCAGAGCGGGAUUUAUGAGGAUGGGAGACGAACGGCGCUGCUUCCAGGAGGCGACCGCCCGUCGGAUUCCAGAUGGAGGUGCGACAUCGGCGAUGACUUCCUUAGAUUCAGGGCUCGAUUGGGUUCUGCGGAUGGACCAAAGGAGCAGAAAGAGAACGGUGCCGGGGUUAGACGCGUCAACAGACGACGCCGGCCGAAGCAAGCGACGGCUGAACGGCCGGAGAAGGAGGGCCGAUCGAGCGCCGAUUUUGAAGAAGAAGGAAGAGAGGCUCCGGCUGCUGUUGGGUGCGGUGGAGGAAGAGUGAGAGGGAGACUUGAGGUGAGGGGAUGA